AAGUAUAUUGGUUCCAAGGCAGAAGAGUGGUAAGGGCUAGGCAAUGGGGUUAAGUGACUUACCCAGGGUCACAUAGCUAGGAAAUGGCUAAGGACAGAUUUUAAUCUAGGACCUCCCAUCUCUGAGCCUGGCUCUCAAAACACUGAGCCACCAAGCUGCCCACACAGACACUUUUUUGCUUGUAUAUAUAUAAUUAUCUAUCUGGACUGGACCCAUGAUUUCUAUGCCAUAAGUAAGUCUAGGUUAGGAGCAUAUAUUCAACUUACACUGAAUUGCCAACACACUGGGAAAAGUGGCUUACCCAAAGUCACACAGCCAAUAUGUCUCUCAAGAGGGACUUGAUUCCAGGUUUUUUGACUCCUUGUUCAGCGCUCUACUACCCCUACUAUUUCUCAUAAAAACUAUGAAGACCAUUCCCCUAUACUUAUCAAGAACUAGGUUUGGCCAAUUUCCCAGAACUCCAGGGUCCAGGAGCAAGGUCUGACCAGGUUUCCUGUCAGUGACUCAGUGAGAUAGCUAUAGGAAGGAAGACAAAAAUUUGACUCUACUAAUUGAGCUUCCUACACUUAUGAUUCUUCUGCCUAUCUAGUGGCCCCCAUCAUUGUCAAGGCAGUUACCCUUCCCUUCAUAUUUUAGGAAUGCUUCCCAUUUUCAGUCUUUGUGGUCCAUUUUAAUCUGUUACUUGGGUCAAAAUAUUGGGGGGGGAGAGGUCAAACACAUAGGAUGGUCUUUUCCCCCUAUCACUCAGCUCCCCAACCUUCUGAUGAUGUUCCUGAUCCCAUCCUUGCCUGCCAUUCUAGCUGCACUGAGAAUAAAGAAGAAAAUACAGUAUUAUGAUGGGAAAGUCAUCAAGGUGGAGUAGAGAGAACACUAUAUUUGGAAAGAGAGAAGAACAUAGACUCAGAUCCUUGUGUUGUCAUUUAUUACCUGUCACCUUCCUAUGCCUUAAUUUCUCCAAUUGUAAAAUGAAGAAGUUAGAAUAAAUCCCCUACAGGAUUUCCUUCAGUUCUUAAAUCUAUGACACAAAUCCACCUGAAAGGAUGCCAUCUGGACAGGUGACACUGUCAUUUCUGGAUGUUUCAAACCAAGUUUGGCCAUCGUCCAGUGGGUGGUGCAAGAGAGUUUACUCUGUACUGAUUAGGUACUGGUGCCGAAGGCUGACCAGGGUUAUCUCAGCCUGGGCUCUGGGAGGCAGCAAGGGCCAAAGGAGCCUGCAGCCGCCAGUGCUACAGCCCCCUUUCUUAUGUUUCUUUUUGGUUCAUCCCCAUCCCGAUUCACAGCAGAAGUACAGACCCGGUAACUGCCGGUGCCUCCAGCUCUGAGUUGUAAAGAGGAAUGCCACAAACCUGAUGCUGGAGAAGAAAAGGGAAGGAAGGAGCUUCAACUUUGCUUUCAGUUUUCUCUGUUGAAGAAAUGUUUGCCUCUAACCUUUGCAAACAUACCAGUUUGUCCAGAGAAAGGUCUCUGCCACAGGAAGAGGAGUUCUUUUUUUAAUGAAGGGGCUUGAAUUUCCACACUCUCAGAUUUUGCAUCUUAAGUUCUAGAUUUUCAUGGGUGCAUUUGUUCAGAAGAAGUUCAUUCUGUCAUAGAGAAAAUGCCAAGCUAAGAAUAAUUGCCUUGACAAUACCGGGACCCAUUUGGACAGCAGCCUAUCCCAAGGAGGAAAUUCUGGUUGAAAUGGCAUCAUGUUGGCCUUUUCCCAGAUGGAGUCCAGGGAGAGGGAAGUAAUGCAAAAGUUUGGAACUCUUGGGGGAUGGGAGGGAGGGAGAAGGCAAAGGAGAUGGGAUGGGACAGGGAAAAGAUGUUUCCAAGACAACUGCCUGGAGAAGAAAAGACAAAACUUGGAAGGGAAAAAAAGCCAUCAGGAAAACACCCUAGUGGAAAAGAUGGUCCAGGACUUGGCACCAUGUCAAGAACUAAGUAAGGUUUAAGGUGGAGAAGUCAAAUGGCUAGUUCUUCAGCAUUUCUUUGCCUCUUAUACCAGAAGUGGGAGGAGACACCUUAGCCAAUAUUUAUAUGCAGAGUGGGGUGUGGGGUGUAUAAAAACUGUUAGAUGACUCCCUCCUCAACCAUAUCUCCCACUUCUUAAUGCUCUCCCCUUUCAAAGAGCCUGGCUCAAGGCUUUAUCAGCCCCUGCCUUCUGCUGAGGAGAAGCCAGAGAGUUGCCUGUGGCUUUAAAGGACAUUGCACUGCACCUGCCGCAUCAGCGCCGAGAAUAUCCAAAUUAAAGACUAUUUGAAAGGAAGGAUGAAUGGGCGUCCUUUGAACGGCACUGGUGACACCCCACCUAAUACUCUUUGGACAAAUAAUUUUGGAAACAAAACUUUUGAGGCAGAAGCCCAAGGCACACAUCUAAGCUUACUUCUUAUGGAUGGGCUGGAGGAACAGGUGCCACAGCAAGUAAUUACCAUGGAGGAUAAUCCUACUGUCAUUAAGCUGGACAUUCGUGAAGGGACCAGUCAAUCAUGGAGAGGGAGAAGGUUCAUCCCCAGAGCCAUUGGCUAUGUCACCGGAGACAUGAGAGAAUAUGCAGACUGGCUCAAAGACAAACCGGUCAUACUUCAGUUCCUCGACUGGAUUCUUCGAGGUAUAUCCCAAGUGGUGUUUAUUAAUAACCCCAUCAGUGGGAUCAUCAUCAUAAUUGGGCUGCUGAUCCAGAGUCCCUGGUGGACCCUCACAGGCUGCCUGGGAACUACAGUUUCCACACUGACAGCCCUACUGCUCAGUCAAGACAGGUCAGCAAUAGCAGCUGGGCUUCAUGGCUAUAAUGCCACCCUGGUGGGAAUACUCAUGGCUGUUUUCUGCAACAAGGGAGACUAUUACUGGUGGCUUUUAUUCCCUGUGGCUGUUAUGUCCAUGACAUGUCCAAUUUUUUCAAGUGCUUUGGGCUCAGUUCUCUGUAAAUGGGACCUCCCUGUGUUCACCCUGCCUUUCAACAUGGCAUUAACAAUGUACUUGGCAGCCACUGGACAUUACAACCCUUUCUUUCCCACCAAAUUAUUUGUGCCUGUAACAUCAGUUCCCAAUAUUACUUGGUCUCACAUCAAUGUCCCUGAGUUACUCAAAGCCAUCCCAGUAGGAAUCGGUCAGAUCUAUGGCUGCGAUAACCCUUGGACUGGGGGUCUUUUCCUGGUUGCCAUUCUCCUCUCCUCCCCACUCAUGUGUCUGCAUGCAGCAAUUGGAUCAACACUGGGGAUAAUCGCAGGGCUGACCCUUUCAGCUCCAUUCGAAAAUAUCUACUUCGGAUUAUGGGGUUUCAACAGCUCUCUGGCCUGCAUUGCGAUAGGAGGGAUGUUCAUGGCUCUUACUUGGCAAACUCAUCUCCUAUCACUUACCUGUGUUUGGGUUGCCAUCAUGUACCUGGCCCUUCUGCUUAGCCACGCUCAUCUUCCUCUUAGUGACAACAAAAAAUCACUCAAUCUAUAAGCUGCCACUCAACAAAGUGACUUACUGUGAGGAGAACCGUACCUUCUACCUGUCAUCAAAGAAAAAGUUGGCGGAAAGGCCAAGUCAAAGCCAACUUGUCUGAUGUCAAACCCAGACAGCACCAGUGAUUUCCAGAAUCUGUGAACUGAUAUCUUCUACUGUAGUAGAAUCUUCCAAACUAACCAUACAGCAAUUUACUUCUCUCCAUUUUUGAUAUAAAAAGUGCAUCCUUUUCACUUGCUUGUUACUUUCUGUUAGAGGCCAAAAAGAUGCCUAUGAUUUAGACUUGUCUAAAAUGACAGGCAACAUGCCCCAGCAACUCUCUACAUCUCUCUGGGCCUCAGUUUCCUCAUCUGUAAAACCAGAAGGUUGGAAUGAUGACCUCUAGGUUCCCUUUCAGCUUAAAAUCCAAUAGGCCUAUACUCUGACAGGGAGCAAGGGGCUAUGGAUUUGUAAAUACUUGAUCUGAAGGAGAGUUAGAGAGUGAAAGAGUGCCUAUGGGUCAGAGGCUUUAAAAGCCCCCCCCCCCAACAGAGAAGGGAGUAUAGAGCCUCGUUGUGCUAUUGCUCUUUCCUUUGUGUAAUAGGAUGAUUGUAAUGAACAGAUGCAUAAAGAUAUGAACAGUAUUAAAGCUUUUGUACUUUGCCUAACUAGUCCUUAGUCAAUAGAGCCCAAAUCUGAAAUAGAAAGGAAUGUGCUUACGGCAUCAUGUGGAGUCUUCAAGUCCUUAUGAAAAGGGAGGCCAGCCUUUGGGCCCUUGUUGCUUUAGGUCCUCCCAGGUCCAGGGCUCCUUUGGUCUUGGGUUGGGUUGUUCUGCCCCUCAGGCUGGCCACAAAGCAGGAGGAAGAAGGGAUAUGAUUCAUACGUGGCCUGCAUUGCCACUCUUGUCGAAGACUGACAACGAUUUCCAAAAUGGUCUCCUGAGAACAGUUAUUUUGAAGAGAAUAAAAUGAAUGAGCCUCUCUUCCCAGCUUAGUCAUCUCAUUUCACUGAUAGAAAAGUUACACAUGGAUGGAAUUAGCCUUUGAAAUACUUGGCAGACCCAAUUUAAUUUAAAUUGAUAGGAAUUGUUUUGAGUACUCCACGAGUACGAGUAAAAGGGAACUGGUUGUCAAUUCUUUAGCAUUUUACAUUCACAUUUUUUUCAGAUUUGAUUUUUUUUUACCCAUUUCCAAAGCCUGGGGCUUCCCCCCACCUUGAUUAACAAUUGCUUAUUGGUAUUACUUGUUGAAUUAAUAGCCUAUUAAAUUGAUGCUGUAACUUUUGUAUUAAAAGCCUUAUCUCAUUAAUUUAUAUUGAAUGAUAACUAUUGUGCUUUCAGAAACCAAAGGAGUUUAAAUUACCAAACAAACAUAGAUGAUGAGUUCUAUGACACUCAAGUCUGUACACUAGAAUAUUCUAGUCAUGGGUCCCCAAAAUUGUUAUCAAGCAUGCUUCCUUUCCCUCUUUCAAUCUGCAUGACUGGUUGACUGCUUUCUGCCAAUUCUAAGCCAGCCAGUGACCAUUUAAGUGAGUUAACUGAGGGCAUCUUAGAUAUCUCAGUGGAUUCAGAGCCAGGCCUAGAGACAGGAGUUCCUGGGUUCAAAUCUAUCCUCAGACACUCCCUACCUAUGUGACCCUGGGCAAGUCACUUAACCCCUAUUACCUAGCCCUUACCACUUUUCUGCCUUGGCAUCAAUAUGCAGUAUUGUUUCUAAGAGACAAGGGAAGGUUUUAUUUUUUUCUAAAUAAUAAUUAAAAUAAAUAAAUAGGUUAAUUAUAUUUUGGCUAACUGGUAUGAUACUGAUUGACAUGUCAACUAGGAACACUGAAAACAAUGGUUGUAUCCUUUCCCUUCAAGAUUCUUCCACUUUUUCAAUACAAGAGGGAGCUCUAGGGAUCAGUUGGAAGACACAAAGUGUGUGCUGUUUUGCCAAAGGGAAAAAAAAACAACCCACCAACAACAACAACCAAGAAACUAGAAUAGAAGACAGCAGAUUGUUGAUUAGUCUAGUUCUCAUCAAUUUAUAAAGAAUUUCAAGGGGGGAAGUUUAUGGUGGUCCAGCUGAAGAUAGCAUCUUUAAUUGGCUCAAUGGACAGUUUGGGUACAGCCUGGAAGAUACUGAAGGAAAUGUGGUGGUGCCUUUGCGCCUUGUUGGUCAUUAUAACUCAGUUCAUGCAUGCCACCGGAAAAUGUGCUCAAAAUGGAAUGACAUUUUUACUAAAAUGUUAAUCUGUCCUUUUGGAAGUUUUAGAUAAUAUUAUUUUUAACUUAGAGUUUCCAACUCAAGGUCUAUAUUUAAACUCACUGAAGGGAUGGCCUGGCAACAAAGAAGUAAUCAGUCAACAAGCAUUAUUAACUACUAUGUGCAGGGCAACAGACUAGGAGCUAGGGAUAAAAAGCAGUCCCUGUUCUCUAGAGCCAGUCUUUAGUUCAAGAAGAAGAUCAGAGCUAUUUUUCCCCUUAGGAAAAUACACCAUUUUUUCUCAUUUGAAGGCCCUUGCAACCAAGACUUUUUGAUUCCUUUAGUUUACAACCGCUAUUCAGUUCAGCAAGCAUUUAUGAUGUGCCUUACUGUUUCUAGAUGCUGGAAAUACAAAAACAAAAAUAAAUCAAAGUCCCUGCCCUCCAGUUGGUCUUUCAAAAUGUGCAUAUGUUUCUAUGGACAAAAUAAAUUUUUUUAGUGUUUGACUUGGCGUUUGCUUUGUCAGGGAAUUUGUGAAAUGAGAACUUUAGAAAUCAUGGAGAAUACCAAAUGCCCAACAAAGAAAAUAAGCUCUGCACAGGUUCUAAAAUCUAUGGUCCAAUUAUGAAUGAACUAGCAACAAUGGAGAUGACCCAUGCUCAGAGACCCAUGACUCAUGCUCAGAGCGGGUCAAAGAUGGGUGAAUAGAGCAACUUCUCAUGAAGUGAUUUCCUACAAUCGUAAAUAAAUGGAUUUGAAAGCACUAUAAAUAGGACAAGUUCAAAUGGUGUUCACUUUCUUGUUUCCUACUAUAUAAGUAUUAUUCUAACAAUGUGUAUAUAUUUUUAUCUUUGUUUAGUUGAAGAGCACUUACAUGUGUAUUUUUCCUAUCAUUUGUAUCAUGUUUCUAUGUAAGCGGACAUAAAUAAAUGUAUAUAAAGUCA